CGCGAGGGCGGGCUGGUUUUUUGGGGGGCCACCAGAGUGGGCUCCUUAAGGGGCGACGAUGGCGGCGGGGUGCCGGGGGGGCUGUUGCGGGUGCUGUUGCUGCUGCUGUGGGGAAAGAGAGAGCCGCACUCCGGAAGAGCUGACCAUCCUUGGAGAGACCGAGGAUGAAGACGAUGCAAUUCUGCCCCGUAAAGACUAUGAGAGUUUGGAUUAUGAUCGGUGCCUCAACGAACCAUACUUGGAAGUCCUAGAAAGUCUGGAUAACAAGAAAGGCCAGCGCUAUGAAGCGGUGAAGUGGAUGAUGGUUUUUGCCAUCGGAGUUUGCACGGGGAUGGUGGGCCUUUUCGUUGACUUUUUCGUCCACCUCUUCACCAGAAUCAAAUUCCAUGUGGUUCAGAACUCGGUGGAGGACUGCAGCGAGAAAGGUUGCCUGGCCAUCUCCCUGCUGGAGCUGCUGGGCUUCAACCUCACCUUCAUCUUCCUGGCCAGCCUCUUUGUCUUAAUCCAGCCAGUAGCUGCCGGAUCUGGGAUUCCAGAGAUCAAGUGUUACUUGAACGGAGUCAAGGUCCCCGGGAUCGUGCGCCUUCGGACUCUGAUCUGCAAAGCCCUGGGGGUCCUUUUCAGCGUGGCUGGAGGUCUUUUUGUAGGGAAGGAAGGCCCCAUGAUCCACAGCGGCGCUAUCGUUGGGGCUGGCCUACCUCAGUUCCAGAGUAUCUCUUUAAGGAAAAUCCAGUUUAAUUUCCCCUAUUUCCGAAGUGACAGGGACAAAAGAGAUUUUGUUUCUGCUGGUGCGGCCGCUGGGGUGGCUGCAGCCUUCGGGGCGCCCAUCGGAGGGACGCUUUUCAGCCUGGAAGAAGGCUCCUCCUUUUGGAACCAGGGCCUCACGUGGAAAGUGCUGUUCUGCUCCAUGUCCGCCACCUUCACCCUCAACUUCUUCCGCUCCGGCAUUCAGUUUGGAAGCUGGGGGUCUUUCCAGUUGCCGGGGUUGCUGAAUUUCGGAGAGUUCAAGUGUCCAGAGUCUAACAAAAAAUGCCACCUGUGGACCAUCGUGGACUUGGGCUUCUUCAUCCUGAUGGGGGUCGGCGGGGGCCUCUUAGGGGCCACCUUCAACUGCAUCAACAAGAGGCUGGCAAAAUACCGCAUGAGGAACGUGCACCCCAAGCCCAAGCUGGUCAGAGUCCUGGAGAGCCUUUUAGUAUGCCUGACAACCACGCUUGUGAUAUUUGUCGCUUCGAUGGUUCUUGGGGAAUGCCGUCCACUCUCUUCAGCUGACCACGGAGACAACAGCUCCUCUUUCAGCCUGCAGGAUUCUUCAUCGGAGGAGGUGAAUUCAAGCAUCAAGACAUUCUUCUGUCACAAUAAUACUUACAAUGACAUGGCAACCCUGUUCUUCAACCCUCAAGAGUCGGCCAUCUUACAACUGUUUCACCAGGAGGGUACCUUCAGCCCUGUCACCCUCUCUCUCUUUUUCCUCCUCUACUUCUUGCUCUCCUGCUGGACUUAUGGGAUUUCUGUGCCGAGCGGUCUUUUUGUCCCAUCGCUGCUCUGCGGGGCCUCUUACGGACGCCUGGUGGCCAACCUGCUGGAAAGCUACAUUGGCCUGGAUCACGUCUACUCUGGCACCUUUGCGUUGAUCGGAGCGGCUGCCUUCCUGGGCGGGGUAGUCCGCAUGACCAUCAGCCUCACCGUUAUCCUGAUCGAGUCCACCAACGAGAUCACGUACGGGUUGCCCAUCAUGAUCACCCUGAUGGUGGCCAAGUGGACGGGUGACCUCUUCAACAAAGGGAUUUACGACAUCUAUGUAGCCUUGCGGGGCGUCCCCCUGCUGGAGUGGGAAGUCAAAGCAGAGAUGGACAAGCUCAGAGCGAGCGACAUCAUGGAGCCCAACCUGAUGUACGUCUACCCCCACACCCGCAUCCAGUCCCUGGUCAGCAUUCUCCGCACCACGGUCCAUCAUGCCUUUCCGGUGGUGACCGAGAACCGGGCCUACGAGAAGGAAUUUAUGAAGUGGGACCAGCUUAUCAGCAACAAUAUUAAAUUCAAGAAAUCCAGCAUUCUCACUCGGGCGGCCGAGCAGCGUAAACGUAGCCAGUCCAUGAAGUCGUAUCCCUCCAGCGAGUUGAGAAAUGUGUGCGAUGAUCACAACGCGGCCGAGGAGCCGCCGGAGACGGAGGACAUGCUGCAGCAGAUGUUGGAGCGGAAAUACACUCCGUAUCCCAACCUGUAUCCAGACCAGUCCCCCAGCGAGGAGUGGACGAUGGAGGAACGCUUCCGGCCUCUGACUUUCCACGGCCUGAUCCUGCGCUCACAGCUGGUCACUUUACUUGUCCGAGGAAUCUGCUAUGCAGAGAAUCAAUCAAGUGCCAACCAGCCUCGUCUGUCGUAUGCAGAUAUGUCAGAAGAUUACCCACGCUAUCCGGACAUCCAUGACUUAGAUCUCACACUCCUGAAUCCACGCAUGAUCGUGGACGUCACACCUUACAUGAACCCUUCUCCCUUCACCAUCUCGCCUAAUGCUCACAUCUCCCAAGUCUUCAACCUCUUCCGGACGAUGGGGCUGAGGCACUUGCCGGUGGUGAACGCCGUCGGGGAGAUUGUGGGCAUUAUUACUCGACACAACUUGACCCAUGAGUUCCUCCAGGCCAGGCUGCGCCAGCAUUACCACACUAUCUAACCUCGUCUCCUGCCUCCUCCCAUCUCCUGAGAUACCCCUUCCUCCUCCUCCUUGGGAUUCCUGGGCCCACCGUGUGCACUUUAGGUCAACAAAACGAGCCCGUCAAGCCCGUCGCCGUCUAAGCCGUAAACUGUACAUCCUUCGGGCCAGGAGGGAAGGGAAAAAGCGUAAUAUGUAGGAAAUCUUGAGAACUGGCUGUCCUCUUCUUGUUCUAGCAGCCAUGCACUUCUCUCCAUGGGUUCGGAUCAAACCAUUCCAAUGCUUCAUUGCCCAACCCUGCGGGCACCCGAAAAUAUUACAUCUCUACUUUAUUCGAGAGAGAAAGAGGGAAAGAAUGUCAUUUUUUCCUCUUUACCUUGCUGAAGUUUUUUGCAAAUCUUGCAGACUUCCCUCUUUUUGAGCCAAUUGGAACACCGUGAUCUUCACUUCGAACUUAGCUACUUGCUUCUCGGUUUAAUUAAGUCAUCCGCCUUCGGUAAGGUUGAAAUUGGACAACAACAAUAAUUUUCUGACUGGGCUUUUGACGUUCUGCUUUGUAUGCCUCUCUCCGUCUUGACGUCUUUCUGAGAUCAACCCUACCACCACCAUCACCGGCGCCACGGACAUCUUUCCCGCUUCGGGGAGAUUCAGAUUGAGCCCUGAAUCCUCCCUUGGGAUCCCGUCCAAAACUUUGCGAAGGAGGGGGGGGGGAGACCCAGAGUGGUCGGGCGUUAAAGCAUCGGAGCUGCUGUCGCUAGUACGGGGAGCUGUUUAGCCAGAUUUCAAGCACGUUCCCCUCCUUUGGGUGCUGAGCUUCAAACUCAGCCCCCACACCCCCCUUUUUAAAAAAAAAUCUAACACAGAGACAUUUCAUUGCCAAGUGAUUCUGAACGUGCAGAAGGAACCAAUACUGUUUUUUUGGGGUGGAGGGGAUAUAUUGUCUCGCGGGACCAAACUUGGUGAUGUUCUCUUCGACCGCUAACAGCCCCGCUUUGCAUGCUGUUUUCCAGCUUGUCUGAUUUCCACCCCCCCCCCCUUUUCCCCCCACUCAUCCUGUCCUCUGUGCUUCCUUCCUGCUAUCUGACAAUUCCCUCCCCCACCCUUUUCCCAUUGUUUCUGGCUGUUUCUGACAUUCUCUCCCAAUCCUUGUGCAGGGUGUCCCCAAAUAACUUCUCCUGUCGUCUCAGCCAGACAUGACCUGGAAGAGGGUGGAGGGGGCGGGGUGGGGUGGGGUACAUUGUUGACAACCGACAACUUUGUUCUCUGCAGGCGGUAGAUGUUUUCCUUGCCCUGGCGUGACCCUCCCUGCACGGCACUCCCCUCCCCUCUCCCAACAAAUCUGGUUUUUGCAGAAGGAUUGUAAUUUCCAACUGGAGUGGGGGAGCGGCAGGCAGGGGAGGACACUUUUAAUAGUUCCGAGGGAUACCCAGGUAGGACCGGAAUGGAUCGGGAAGGGGAGGGAUGUCUGCAGCAGCUGUGUUCAAGAGCUUUUCCAUCCUGGCUGCCUGGCUGGCUCACACGAAGCCUUGAGCUGGCUGAGACCGGUCUGGCCUUCUUAACAAGCCUCAUCCCACUGGCUCUUGUCCUGGGCGAUUCCGGCAGGCUCCUGUCUUUGUAGCUUCGGGUUGCUCUGUGUGUGUGUGUGUGUUUAACCUUUGCAUAAAUCUCCUUUCAAGGGAAAGCAGAAAUUGAGCCGCGGAAAAGAGCUGAUGCAGCCUUGAUAAAGCACAGUCCUCGAUGUUUGGGAGGAGAGGGAGACCUGGGCCCAACUCUUUUGGCCCCCCCCCCCAGUUAGAGGACUUAAUUCAUGCAGCUGCCCCCAUCCCAUUCCCUCAGGGGGUCUCUGCUGGAGAAUAGGAAUGCUGCCCGUUUUGUGGGCAGGGGUUCAUUCACUCAAAAUCUAGCCAAACCCCUCUCCCAGGUUCCCAGCGGAGCAGGAACCUGCAGUUUUUGGUUGCAAUUUGAGAAGAGUCAAAUUUGGCAAGGUGACCAAACGUAACGAUCCCUUUGCUUAUUUGCCUGCAGAUGUGAUUAUUGGCAGUGCAAUAAUUUGAUAUUCUGAAUGGGGGGGGGCACAGCUGUGUGUUUUUGGCACAGUUUCCAAUGUGCUCCCAUGCUAAUUAAGUCUCCCAUCCAGUCUAGUUGUGUUUGUUUCUUAGUUUUUUCCUCUUUCCGCUUUCCAGUAAUAAGAUUAUCUACCUAUUUUGGUCUGUGCACCGAGCGGAAGUUCAAUUUUUUAAAAUACUGGUUCUGUCUACUCGAGACAGGAAUGCCUGUGCAAGGAUUUUUUUGUUGUUGUUCACCUCUUUAUCUCCUCCCCCCCCCCCCAUUCUAAUAUUUCCCUGCUCCAUUCUCAACCCAACCAACAUUGCAGCUCCUUCUUGGCCGCCUCCUACUCUUGACCUUAAACACACACACACACACAAAUAUAUAAGUCAUUUUUCCUUUUCCAAGGUAUUACCUUCCCAUGCCCUCUUUACAACCAUUUCUGGUUCGAACAGGUCCCAUUUCAGCCCUGUUAGCAACUCUCUCUCUCUUCUCUCUCUCUCUCUCUAUGGGCCUGUCUUUCAUGGCAUCAACCCGUCCCACGUUCCCUUUGCCACUUGAAUUUUUCACAAGACCAAAAUUAUUCUGGCUGGGUUUCUUUUUUACUUUGUUGAACUGGGCCAACGGGCAUUUGAUUCUAAACUGGUGGCUAUAAAGGACCAUUUUGUUCGCAUCUCUUGUGUGUUUGUAUUAGGGGGGGAAGAGACCAAUAUCCUCCCCCCUCCCCUAAAAGUUGUUUUGUUCUGCUUUGCCUUAAGAAUUCCAAAAACAGAGAGAGAGAGAGACUGAGGGAGGGAGAGAAUUUAUUCAAUAUCUACUUUAAUGCUUUAAAAGGGGAUGAGGGGGGGAAAAACGCCAAGCUAAUACUUUUUCACCAGUUUUGUAUGAUUGCUGGCCAGUUACUGUAUAGCUUUCUUCCACGUUUCUAGAAGCUUGAAAACAUUAGAGCAGUGAUGGCGAAUAUUUUCAGCACCUAGUGCCCAAACCGGAACGCAUGUGCAGGCACCGACUGGCAUGCACAUGCCUGUUUUUUGGCCCCCAAAAUAGCCUGCUUUUGUGGUGUUUUUGGGCCAUUUUUCAGGCUGUUUUUUAGGUCGUUUUCAAGCCAUUUUGGUGGGGCUGUUUUCAAACCCGGAAAAUGGCACAAAAAUGGCUUGGUUUGGGGGCUGUUUUCCGGCGCUCUGGUGCCCGCGAAGACCAGCUGGCUGGCACGUUGGAAACUAGAAGAUCAGCUGGUGAUGGUGUGCCAUCACAGCAUUAGAGUGUCAAAUCUUAGAUUCUCAGCUGGGGUUAUCUGUAUUACCCAAUAGUUGGGGGGGGGGGGAUAAUUUUUUUUUUUUAUUUAAAACAAGUAAGGUAGCCCUAGAAAUUCAGGCAACACUAUGGUCCAUUGUCAUAAACUAGAUGCUCCGUUUGUUAGCAGGUUUUCGCUUCACAAUCCAGAUGACAACUGUCUUUUUUCUCCUAAGUUGAUAGGUACGUUUGUGUUAUAAUGUGUGCACUAUAAUCAAAGAUUUAAAGAUUCCAAUUAUGCCAUUAACGCCUUUCAGGAUUGGAAAAAGAUGCGGGAGGACUUCUCGUUCUUAUUUGCCAUGGCUUAAAAUCAUAGAAUUGAUUGAAGAGAAUGUGAUUCCCGUAAAAUGACACUAAAAUGACGGUUCCCACACCAUAGAGUCUCCUCCUAGUGUGGUUUCCUCUGUUGACCGGAAGUCCGGUUCCCACACCAUAGAGUCUCCUAGUGCGGCGUCCUUUUUCCUCUACCUGUGCUAACCGAAAGCCCUAUCAAUUGUGGAGCUGAUGGGGAAACUCACCCCUUGCCAUAGUGUCUCCUCCUGGUGCACCGUGCUUCCCCCCCCCCAACCAGGCUCCUUUCAAAAUUGUGGCGCCGACUGGUGACAGAGCCACAGCAGAGGGAUGAAAGAGCCACAUGUGCUUCCAGAGCCAUAGACUAGACGCUCUUCAGUUUUGGGUCGAUAGGCCCACAGAAUUCAUGUCAUGGGAUUUUCAUGGAUAUUGGGACAGUCUAGGAAUUCUCGUUAUUUCUGCUCUCUCGUCCCUUAAACAGUAUUAAUAUCCAUUCCAGAGGGAGAAGCACAUGGGGCAUUUCUUUGGUUUAUAAGCUCUUAUGAAUAUUUUGAUUUCCAAUUGCACUUUCCCUUGUCAACGUGAGCCGAAUCGCAGGCAACUAAUUUUGUGUGCAUUUUUGUUUUUAAUAAGCAUUCCCUUGCAGAGACUGUGCUAGAUAUAUUUUUUUUAUUAUUUUGGUUUGAGCACUUGUAUUCUAUAAUCAUGGUCCUUCUCUUUAAAAAAAAACACAACACAAUAAAAUUCCUCCUUUAUGUCUUUGGGGUCCAUCCA